AUGGACCAUCACCACCCGCCGCCGCUCCCGCAGCAGCACGGCGACCACUACCGGCCGCUGGUGCUCUCCCCGCAGCCCGACCAUGCCCACGCCCUUCAGUACCAGCAGCAGCCGCAGCAGCAGCAGCAGCAAGCGACGCCGCCGCCGCAGCAUCACCACCCCUCGCUCGCGUCCCAUUUCCACCUCCUCCACUUGGUGACAAGAUUAGGUGAUGCGAUUGCAACAGGCACAAGGGAUCAAGCUUUUGAUGCACUGGUUGAAGAAUUGACCAGUCAAUUUGCCAGGAGCCAACAGUUAUUGAACUCCAUUUCAGGAACACUAAGCUCGAAAUCUGUUCUAUUAACUUGGGAGAAAUAUUCAGUUCUCAUUAUUCUGACCAUGGUUAUCUUACUAAUGACGGUUGAAGGACAAAUGCAAAGUUUGGAAGAAACCCGUCAGCUGCUUGAUCAAAGAAAGGAUUUGAUCGCGAAAUACAAAAGCUCGGUGGAAGACCUCCUUAAGGGGGAUCCAACAAGAUAA